AUGCCAACAAUGCGUGCUACGUACGUCUUGCUUGUCCUCGUGACGACGCAUGCUCGAUGGGUUUUUGAUGGCAUUAUUGCCGCAGAGGAAAGCGUCGAAGUGAAGAAUCAACCCAACGCAUUUGCAAGCACUCUCGUCGGCAAUGGCAUCGUUUCCAGCCACCGUGACCUCAAGGGCAGUGAAACAAUGAUCGAUGCAUACGAUGGCACCAAGGAAGAGCGAGGACUGGUCGACAGAAUCAGGAACAUUUUCAAGAGCAGCCCAGUGUUUGGUAAGCAAGCCGAGAGGUUGCGGAAGGAACCCCGUGUCGCUGAGUCACAACAAAACAACUCAGUUUCUGACAAACUGAUCAAGAACGUCCGAGCGUAUUUCGGAAGGCUGAAAGCCACCUCUUCUCCAGUCGAGAGGUUUCUUAUAUACGCGACGAUCGUGUUCUCUCUUGCCGGGGCGUGGGUCAUCCUUUCCAUGUAG